AUGUUCAAUCUCAACCACAACUUCACUGAUCAUGACAUUCUCAGUGUGAUCCCUAACUGUAUCAAUAAUGAUGAUAAUGAAGCCCUCAUUGCUAUCCCUGAUAUGGAAGAGAUCCGAAAUGCUGUUUUCAAUAUGAGCCCUUCUAGUGCUGCUGGUCCAGAUGGCUAUAAUGGGAAUUUCUUUCAUAAAUGUUGGACUAUCAUUGAAGAGGACAUCAAAAACAUGGUCCAUGAUUUCUUCAAAGGAAGGAACUUAACUAAGUUCUACUCCCAUACCUGUCUAAUCUUGAUUCCCAAAGUUGAUUCUCCUACUAACUUUGGUGAUCUUAGACCAAUUAGCCUAAGUAACUUCACUGCCAAGAUUAUUUCUAAGAUUUUGUCCAUUAGGUUGAAUCCUCUACUAGAUAAGCUCAUUUCAGAAAACCAGUCUGGUUUUGUCAAAGGCAGACUUAUCACUGAAAAUGUUCUUCUAGCUCAAGAAUUAGCCCAAGGAGUGUCUCGCACUAAUCGGGGUAACAUGAUCAUCAAGUUAGAUAUGGCUAAAGCAUAUGACAGAAUUUCAUGGGUUUUCCUACUUGCAGUUAUGAGCAAAUUUGGUUUCUCUGACAGCUGGACUACUAUUAUCAGAAGGCUUAUAUCCGAUAUGUGGUGUUCUCAAGAUUGCUCAAUAGCUUACAAAGACAAUGAUAGAUUUGUUCCUUUCAGCAUGAACCCCAAUGGUUCAAUCAUUAAUCAUCUUGCAUAUGCUGAUGAUAUCGUUAUCUUCACUGCUGGCAACAACAGAUCUAUCAAACUUAUUCUGAAAUAA